AGCAAUUCUGAUAUAACUCUCUCCUGUCCCCGCGCUCUGGUGAAAAAUCGCUAGAUUGAGUUUGCAGAGAGGAAAACACCAAAUUGCGGUUGUGUUAAAUUGAGCCUAUAACAAUACCAUCCCUCCCCCUACAGUUGCAGCUUCCUGUAACAACUGUGAAGAUCGUGUAUGCAGGCGAGACAGAAAGAGAAAUACUUUGUGAGAUACACAGAUGGCUGCAGCAACUUGUGGAGAGCAAACUAAUUAAAAUAUCUGAAGCUCUUAAAUACAAUCAGCUUAAGCCAAGAAAGAAACAAACCCUUUUUGUACUGAAUCUUUUUUGAAAGGAAGAGAUUGGUACCUCUCUGUACUUUCCGAAAGAUGGCCCUUUGCCUGAAGCAAGUCUUUAAUAAGGACAGGACUUUUCGACCCCGAAAGAAGUUUCAGCCUGGAACCCAACGCUUCGAGCUCUUCAAGAAGGCACAGGCCUCACUUAAAUCUGGUGUCGAUCUCAAGACAGUAGUUCAGCUUCCUGCAGGGGAAAACCUCAAUGACUGGAUUGCAGUCAACACUGUAGAUUUCUUCAAUCGCAUCAACCUCAUCUAUGGUACCAUUUGUGAGUAUUGCACCGAAAGGAGCUGUCCUGUCAUGUCUGGUGGGCUGAAGUAUGAGUACAGGUGGCAGGAUGAACACAAGUAUAAGAAACCAACCAAAGUGACUGCUCCACAAUAUAUGAAUUUGCUCAUGGACUGGAUUGAGGCCUUGAUCAAUAAUGAGGAAAAUUUCCCCACUCGUGUUGGUGUUCCCUUCCCCAAGAAUUUUAUGCAACUCUGUAAGAAGAUUCUCACUCGACUUUUCCGAGUCUUUGUUCAUGUUUACAUUCACCACUUUGAUCGUAUUACUGCCAUGGGGGCAGAGGCCCAUGUCAACACUUGCUAUAAACAUUUUUAUUACUUUGUGACGGAGUUUGACUUGACAGAUGAGCGGGAAUUGGAGCCUCUGAAAGCGAUGACAGAGAAAAUUUGCCAUUGAUUCUAGCUUGAGAGAGGCCUUGCAGUAAGUCUCUGAAGUGACAUGACACUUUAAAAAUUGAGCCAUAUACUGGAAAGGAUUAUCAGGAAAUCAAAUGCUACAAUCUGAAUCCUUGCAAAGGCUUACCAAGGGAAAUUGUUUAAAAGCAUAAGAAUUCCUAAAAUUCGUGGGAACAGAUUGAUGUUGAUGGAAUGUAUUCCGCAAUUGGUGCUCAUAUCCUCCCUCUAUGUUCUCAAAUCUGAUUCAAUUUAGUCAACUGAACAUAGUUCAGUUCUUCUAGACAAAUUAUUUAGAUUCCCAAACUAAAUACACCUGUUUGAACAUUGUUACAGGCCAAUAGAAACUUUGUCAUUCAUGUCAUGACUGUCUCUAAAUUACUUUGUUUAUAAAGUGUUCUUUGCUUAUUUGAUGAUUCCUAUAACAACAUAUUUGAAACCUAAGUGACCACCACCAUCCACCCCCGAUACUUCUGCAUAUUGGCAGUAGAUGUACACUUCAUCAGAGUACCUUCUGGAGCACUUAAAUAUUACAGAGCAAAAAUUUACUGCUUCACCAUCAGGCUACCAGGAAUCAGAAACCACAUCGACUGCAAACCAAAAGUUUUCAUACAUAUUCAAAAUCAUUGGAGUUCAAGUAUAUGCCAUCCUGCCAUGAGACAAGGUGAUUAGGGAUAUACCAUCAAGAUCAACCACUAACAUUCCAGAUCUGGAUGAUCAGGGAUCAGAUGUCCUGUGAGUGCUGCUCAUAAAAUACCAGCAGCACCAUACCAUUAGUAGUACAAAGACAGUUUAGUUUUUACUCUGUUAGUGUAAUGAUUCAAAACAUCCUCAUUUUUAUUUGGCAGAUUAAUUCUGGUCUCCCAAACAGUGAAUGGUUUUAAUGUAGUAGAAUUGUAGUACAAGGAUCAUACUGCAGACUUUUAAAUUUUUACCAGAACAGUAACACGGUAGAGACACAGAUACAGAAGUUGUACGUGAUUGGGUCAAGAAGAAAAUCAUUCAUCUGUGAUACAUCGAGAGCUGACACGGAGAUAUAUGCAGAAUUGAUGAGAUUUAACAGGAAUGAAAUGUUUGAUUUCAUCAAUUAUCUAUUGUCCUUUUACAUAAUUCAAAAUUGAGGCAAUAUAGUGCCUCGAAAGUAGAAUGCAAAAUCCCAAUCCAAGUCAGAUCAGAAUAACAUGCCAGCUUUUGCAUUUUUCAGAAUCUGCCAAAUAACUGCUUGAAAUCACCUGGUAUGAAACCUAUCCAGUCUUUGAAUUGAAUGCAAGUUACUUCUGAACCCUUGUUUUAAAUGUACCACUCUUGCUAGAUUUGAAAUAUCCUGCAGCCUUAAUUCAAAGUAGCUAUAGGUCCUAGCAUACAAAAAAUGGCAAUGAAUGUGCCACAGUUAUGCCUUUAGAUAAUUGUCAAACAAUAGAUUCCAAUAUUUUAAAGAAAAUAAGAAAUGCCAACUUCAUUUCUUUUAAACAUGGCAUGUUUUACUAUGACUUAUACUGAAACAUCUGAAGAAUGUCAGUUAUUUCAUAAUGACAUUCAAUCAAAAUGAUAAAUCUGUUGGAGUUAUUUUCUAUAGAGUUGGUUGAAUGGGUAAGAAUAUAAGCAAUGGGAACAGACAACCAUAUUGCCCGUUGAGCCUCCCCCUUAUUUCAGUUUGAUCAUGGCUGAUUUUCUGCCUCAACUUCAUUUUGCCACUCACUCAGUACAGCUCUUUGCAUGUUGGUAUAAAAAUCUAUCACCUUAAAUGCACUCAAAUAUACAUCUAAAAUUCCAAAGUUUCACAACUAUCUUGAGUAAAGAAAUAUCUUCUAACAUCAGUUUAUCCUUCAACCUCUCAAUGUUGCCCCUUCAAAAGUUUGUAUGUUUUAAGGAGAUCAUCUCUCAUUUUUCUAAACUGGAAAGUAAAGGUCCAACUUACUCCAACUUUCAUCUUAGGCACUAACUCAGUAACAGCUAGCAAACUGCUGGACAAGCCAACUUCUUUAUAACUAAGCUUACGCACAACACACAAUACACCAACUGUUCACUGAAAAUGUAUCCACACAAUCAAAUUACUGCAAAUACUAUUGUUUACUAUAAGCGAAGGAAAGUAACACAAAUUUAUUUAUAGCGCUGUGUUCCAACUGGCUUGAUGUUUUGAUCAUCCCUGCAUUAAAUGAUUCAGUUUGCUAGGGACCAAAUCUAGGCAUGUGUAUUCUAAUAUUCUAAUGGUCAAAUAUUGAAUAACUUUUUGUGAUUGAGAGUUAUGCUGUGUGACUUGAAGAAGACAUAGUUUGUCAAAACAGUGAGGACAACAUAGUUUGUCAAAACAGAAUACAUCUUCACAACAGAACUGAAGAAUGACGACUUGUUACUCCUUUGUUGUUUUUGGUGGAGGAAUAAACAUUUUCCAGGAUAAUGGAGCACUUUGUUAUAUGUUCUCAUGUAGAUCUUUUAUGCGUAUUUGAACAACUGGAUGGAGCCUUGGUUCGAUGUCUCAUUGAAGACAUUACACAUCUAUCAAGAAAGCAUUCCUCCAGUACUUCCAAUAGAGUAACAUAACUGAGCCAUGCUGACAGAACAUUUAUAUAGCCUCCUCCUUAGAAUUAUAUUUGGCAAUGUGGAGGUAGGGUCCUCAUUUUUCUAGUACACUGACGUUCACAUCUUCUGUAGAUCUUCUUGUGACUGAAGAUUGAUGCAGUAUCGCAGGAACAUUUACAAUCAUGGCAAUAUCAGAUUUUGUAUCGGGUGUAGUUGGCUGUGACUAGCUUAGAACAUCUGUGAAAACAGUUUGAUGGGAAUAACGCAUUGUGUAUCAGUCACAACCCAAUAAUUAUGUGGGGUUCUUCACUGAAGUACUGUUUAGACUGUCAGCUAAUAAGAAUUUACAUUUUUGAGUUUGAUUUGAGAAUUGUGAACCAUACAUCAGUUGCAGGUAUAUGGAGUCUGAAAAAGGCUCCAGUUUGUGAUAUUAUCUUAUUCAAUGUGUAUCACAGCUGAUGACUAAGAUGAAACAAAUGUCCAUUUAUCUAUGGACUUGAUGGGAACUCAAAAAAUGUAUUUUGAAAAGUGUAUGCUUUAUUGCUUAUUCAAGUUUUAUACUUUUAUAUGAAUGAAUGCUUUGUAAUUUCUGUUUUUUAAAAGUGGUAAUUGGAUGAUUUAAUAUCUUGCUUAAAGUUCAAUGCUGUUAUGAUGGACUUACUGUGUCAAAGUUUGUGUUGUUUAAAGUUGUUUUCAAUCACCAGUUUCCCCCUAUCCAAAGUCUUUCAUACCUUGCAGAUCGCCAUUGCCAACUAAUAACUCAUUCAAGUAGUCAAUACAUAAAUGCAAGCCUCAACAUUGAGUGUAAGUAGAUUUCUCUGGAAUGGUGGAUAUCAUGUCCAAGUCAGAUACUAUUAUAUAUAUAUGCACACUGUCAUCAGAGGUAGUUGGAUAACAAUCAGAAGCACAAAAUAUGGUUAGUUUUGCUUUUCCAAACAGAGGGUGAGGGUUAUGCUGAUAAUAGCAGGUCAACUGCCAAUUAUAUCCAAAGAACAUAGAAAUUGGAGCAGGAGUAGGCCAUCGCUCUCCCUCGAGCCUGCUGUGCCAUUCAGUAAGAUCGUGGCUGAUCUUUUGUGGACUCUGCUCCAUUUACCCUCCUGCUCACCAUGACUCUUAAUUGUUUCACUGUUCAAAAAUCAAUCUUUGCCUUAAAAACAAUGAGUGAAGUAGCAUCAGCUGCUUGGUUGUGAUUCUGUGGAAUUCCCUACCCCUCUGGGUGAAGAAAUUCCUCCACAAUUCUGCCCAAAAUCUGUUUCUCCCUUAUUUUGAGGUUGUGCUCCUAUUCCAGUUUCACCUGCCUGUGGGAACAACCUCCCUGUUUCCAUCUUACCUUUUCCAUUCAUAAUUGGAAAUGAUUUAUGAGAUCACCCCUCUGCUCCCCCAACCUCCCACCCCCGCCAAUUCUUCUAAAUUCCGAUGAGUAUAGUCCCAGUUUAAUCAACCCCUCCUCAUAAGGCAACCUUUCCAACUUUGGAACCAACACAGUGAACCUCCUCUGCAUCCCCUCCAAUGCCAGUAUGACCUUUUCUCAAGAAAGGAGACUAAAACAAACUAACUCAGCUUAGAUUAGGGAAGUCAUAGCGAUUAAGGUGCUGAUAUUUGCUAUAUGAAAUUACUGAGGCAUUAUGAUCAUCCUAUUAACUUAGUAAAAGCAAAAUAAUGCAGAUGCUGGGAAGCUAAAAUACAACUAAAAUGCUGGAGAAACUCAGCAGGACUGCAGCAUCUAUGAAGAGAGAAAUAGUAUUCACAUUUCAAGUCUAAAAUUACUUAAUCAGAACAAAGUAUUAAGAAUCAUAUUACACUCAAAACGUUUAAGCUGUUUCUGUCUAUACAGACGUUGCCAGACAUGCUAAAUUUCUCCAAAAAUUUGUUUUAAUCCCAUUACUUUAGCCUCAAUAUUACUUUCAAACUAAACGUUUAAAAAUUCAUCGAUUUUAUGUAGGUUAUUUUCUUUGAUUUGAAGAACUGACAUGAUCCAUUUUAAAAUCAAGCAUGUUGAAUUAAUGCAUUUCGAAACAGUCAUUUUUCCAUUAAAUUCCUGAACAUUAAACUGAUGAGGUUUCAUAUGAUUUAUAUUUUAAUGUUCUUGUGUACAGAAUAUUGUUUUGCAUAGGUUUUUUAAUUGAUGGAAAUUUCUGAAAUAAUUUUCUACAUUUAUAUAAACAAGAUGACGUCUGAGAGUUUUCCAGAAGUGUUGCUUUUGAUAGCCAUGGUACUGGAAUCAGGAAAUUGAAACUGCAAGGAUCAUCUUCUGAAAAUGAGUGAACAGGAGUGAUUGUGAAUUAUUUUUUUACAAGAACAUAUACUGAGCUGGAAAUGGAUAGAAUUUGUAGGACAUUAUAAGGAACUUGGUUUGUGAAAUGACUAAAUAAAAAAUUCACUGGUCAUAACAAUA